AUGCAAGAAAAAGAUUCAAGUGCAAAGGGCAACGUCCCAAUGCCAAAACCCACAAAGUACCGCCUCGCAUGUGACAGCUGCCAACACUCCAAGAUCCGAUGCGACCAGGAACGGCCAAAAUGUCGCAGAUGUGCAAAGAAGGGCAUAGAGUGUGUCUACAGCCCAGCACGACGUGCUGGACGACCACGCACUCGCAACAAUAGCAAGAGCACAUCUAGCAUUGAGAGCAGUGCAUCUGCGAGCUUGAAAGGGUAUUUGACACCCAUGACGGAACACGGCAUCACCAUCCCGGCCGUAGGUCAGACGUCGCCCUUUGGUCCACCUAGCAUGCUAUCCGCCUCCGAAGACUGCUCCAGCUCCAGCUCCAGCUCCAAUACAUCCACUAUCCCUAGCAUAGCGCAGACUAUGCCACUCCCCAGCCCCGACGAUAUGGACUUCUCCUCGUAUCCACGGUCAGACGGCGACUUCAUGCAAGGUAUUCCGGACUUCACGGGUUCACAAUGCGGUACACCGAAACAAACUACCAAUUGCUAUUACGCCAUGUCUCCCGAGUUCCACAUCGCUCCAGAGCUUCUCAAUAUAGGCUUCAGCGGACCACCAUGGGAGCAGCAACACGAUCAGGAACAACACCAAUCCCUCUCUACUCCCAUGCUCUUCGACGAAGGGCUGCCGUACUUUGGUUUACUUACCCCGGACGGUCACCAACCUCGCCAUCUGGAUCAGCAUCAGAACGACUUACCGAUGCCGACCACGAGCAGCAGCGACGUCGAAAAUGGUAGCUAUGCGAUUCAUUCACAACAGCAAGUACAGCCACAGUGUCCACAGUCUUUCGACCAAACCACUCCCUCGACGAAAUCAUGCAACUGCGUCUCCAACCUUCUUGAUUAUCUAUCUACGCCUUCUCACGGACCCUCCUCAUCACCCCUCACCUUCACGUCAACGGCUCUGUCAACAUCCAGAACCCUCAUUACAUGCUGUUGUACUACGAUCACCUGCGCCAACGAGUGCUCUACACGCCCUUCAACUGCGCUCCUCAUCUGCGAAGCCAUUGAUCGGGCGCUUGUGUCGCUCAAACUGGGCGGUAACUCCCUCUGGACACCCACAAUGACACCUAACCCAAAUCAUGAUAAUCGGGGAUCUUCAUCGCCAUCGUCUUUAUCUAGCAUAAGUGACGGUAAUGGCAACGAUCUCAUGCUGCCAUCAUCUGUGGUAGACGAGGAGUGCGAACCGCUGCGUUGUGGAUCACUGCCGAUCCAGGGUGCCGACAGGCGGGCUGUACAAGAAACCAAUACCAUGUCUGCCAUACCAUUCUUUUCUGAAUCCUUGAAUACAGACUCUGGGGAUGGUGUCGCAGCCGAUACUAUCCUUGAAGCUCUCGAAUCUCUUGCCUCUGGUAAUAUCCCCGCUCCCCUCCGCGACGACGAGGACAAGCGGCUCCGAUUCUUGGAGGCUGCCAGAAUGGCCUCUCUCAAGCUCGAGCAGCCGUGGGACACCAUGCAGCGAUUGAUCUUUUGUGCAUUACCGCCCAGCAUGGUGCAAGUUGGUAUUGAUCUUGGGCUGUGGAGGCUACUCACGAAGCGGGAAGGUGCAGUGAUGAGUGUGGGUGAGAUGGUUGCGGAGUUGGGUGCGGAAAAAGCACUGCUAGUGCGAGUGUUGCGGUGGGCGGCGACGCAAUGGAUGGUGGAGCAGGUCGGCAUCGAGACGUACCGUGCGACGAAUAUUACGCGGUAUCUAUCCAUGUCAGGGCUAGAGUCCGUCAUAUUUCAUGUAACAGAGAGGAAUAUUGCACUUUACAACGCGAUACCAAAGUGGCUAGCCGACAAUUCCUACAAGCAACCGCAAGACAAUAAGAACCUUCCGUUCAACUUAAGUAAAAACACCGAUCUACACUUUUUCGAAUGGUUGUCGCAGCGACCACGGCACCAACAGGCAUUCAACGAGUACAUGUCCUUCCAACGGGUCGGGCAAAAGAGCUGGCUUGAUGUGUUCCCACUCGAGAAGUACGUGCAUGCCUCGAGCGCGGUUGUUGAGCACCGAAAGCUUUUCGUGGACGUCGGUGGUGGCUACGGGCACCAGUCUAGAGAGGUUAUCAGGAGAUUUCCCUGGGUGCAAGGACGUGUUGUGCUACAGGAUACACACGCGGCUGCUAUUGACUCUGCCAAAGGUAUCGAGGGCUUGGAGGUCAUUUAUCAUGACUUUAAUAAGGUGCAACCAGUCAAGGGGGCGUGUGUUUACUACCUGCGCAACAUCUUGCACGACUGGCCCGAUCAAGUCUGUCUUAACAUCCUGUCCCAACUGAAGGAUGCACUGGCUCCUGACUCGGUCAUCCUGCUUGACGAGCUCACCCUUGGGGACGAGAGCACACACUGGUACGGAGCCUCGUUUGAUCUACUGAUGAUGGCAAACUAUGGGGCGCGAGAGAGGUCACUAGCGGAGUGGGAUCGUAUUCUCGAGAAGGUUGGGCUGGAACGGAAAACGUUUGUGCCGUACAGCAUGCAUGGAGAUGGCAUCCAGGUAGUUGGUGCUCGAGCAACGGUUCACGAGAGGUUAUAA